CUGGCCAGGCCAGGCCAAUGGGAGGCUAGAAGGGUUUUGAGUGGCAUUGAGGGAGGGCGGGAGAGAGGCGGCCCGGGAGUGAAGUUGAAGCUAAACCCUUAAGCUAUAAAGAAGUUACGGGGGACAGUUUUCGGCUUCCAAUUAGGAAUAAUAGUGAACUGGCUUCGUAGCAACUACGGAGGACCAGGAUUCUAAAAUCACCUCACUCUUCCCAAAGCUUGCAUCCUCCUUUUUCUGCCACGCACCGCUCCUCCAAUUCAUGAUCCAGAAAAGGGAGCCGGGAAUGCUCUGCUCCUCUCUGCCGGUGGGAAGCGGAGAGGCCGGCAGAGCCGCUGGGUUGGACGGUAGGCAUGAGUACAAUUAAGAGAUGGGCGCCCCCGAACCCUCUGCCGCCUGUGGGGACUGAAGGGCCUUGAAAGAGUUGUCUGGAGUUCCUGCUCUUCCCAAAGGGGCUCGGAGAUACCUUAAAUGCCGCGAGACUGAAGAACAAACGUCGGGGAUUAUUAUGUCGAUUUUCCGAGGACCAGCGUUCGCAGCUCGGAGUAAAAGAAAAGGCUGGCUCCUCAGGGGUCCCACCGGCAUUUGAUACCCCGAGGACCCCCAGGAUUGCCCAAAUUCCGUGGAUCAGCAACUUUCCUAUACUGCAUCCCGCAUUUUCAAAGAAAAUAUUUUCCGUUCACCCCCGCUGGUCUUUUACUGCCAUUAAUACACUGUUCUUGGUGCAAAUACUUCAGCCUCUUUAUUCAAAGUAUGUUUUAUGUUUUUGCCAAAUAUGAUCUCUAAUUGAAAGUUUAUUUUUUGUUUUGGAUGAAUCUGCGGAGUUUACAUUGUAAGAAGAAAGGGGGAACAAGACACAAUGAAAGAAAAGUCCAAAAAUGCUGCCCGGACUAGGAGGGAGAAGGAAAACAGUGAAUUUUAUGAACUGGCUAAAUUACUGCCUUUGCCUUCGGCUAUCACCUCGCAGCUGGACAAAGCAUCCAUAAUCAGACUCACGACCAGCUAUCUCAAAAUGAGAGUCGUGUUCCCAGAAGGGCUUGGCGAGGCGUGGGGCCACUCGAGUCGGACCAGCCCCCUGGACAACGUUGGCCGAGAACUGGGCUCCCAUCUGCUCCAGACCUUGGAUGGCUUCAUCUUCGUGGUAGCCCCAGAUGGGAAGAUCAUGUACAUCUCAGAGACAGCCUCAGUCCACUUGGGUCUUUCUCAGGUAGAGCUGACCGGAAACAGCAUUUAUGAAUACAUUCACCCGGCAGACCACGACGAGAUGACGGCGGUGCUCACCGCCCAUCAGCCCUACCACUCUCACUUCGUGCAGGAGUAUGAGAUCGAGCGCUCCUUCUUCCUGAGAAUGAAGUGCGUCUUGGCCAAGCGUAACGCCGGCCUCACCUGUGGCGGCUACAAGGUCAUCCACUGCAGCGGCUACUUGAAGAUCCGCCAGUACAGCCUGGACAUGUCCCCCUUCGAUGGCUGCUACCAAAACGUGGGCCUGGUGGCCGUGGGCCACUCGCUGCCUCCCAGCGCCGUCACGGAGAUCAAGCUACACAGCAAUAUGUUUAUGUUUCGCGCCAGCCUGGACAUGAAGCUCAUCUUUCUGGACUCCAGGGUGGCGGAGCUGACGGGGUACGAACCUCAGGACCUGAUUGAGAAGACCCUGUACCACCAUGUGCACGGCUGCGACACCUUCCACCUGCGCUGCGCGCACCAUUUGCUGCUGGUGAAGGGACAGGUGACCACCAAGUACUACAGGUUCCUGGCGAAACACGGAGGCUGGGUAUGGGUGCAGAGCUACGCGACCAUCGUGCACAACAGCCGCUCCUCCAGGCCACACUGUAUCGUCAGCGUCAACUAUGUCCUCACAGACACAGAAUACAAAGGGCUGCAGCUCUCCCUGGAUCAGAUCUCAGUCUCCAAACCAGCCUUCUCCUAUACCAGCAGCUCCACCCCAACCAUGACUGACAACAGAAAGGGGGCCAAAUCCCGGCUCUCCAGCUCAAAGUCAAAAUCCAGGACUUCCCCAUACCCUCAGUAUUCGGGAUUUCACACGGAAAGAUCGGAAUCUGAUCAUGACAGCCAGUGGGGCGGAAGUCCCUUGACCGACACGGCCUCUCCGCAGCUUCUGGACCCCGCCGACAGGCCUGGCUCCCAGCACGAUGCAUCGUGCGCCUACAGACAGUUCUCGGACCGCAGCUCUCUCUGCUAUGGCUUUGCGCUUGACCAUUCCAGGCUGGUGGAAGAGAGGCAUUUCCAUACCCAGGCCUGUGAAGGAGGCCUGUGUGAGGCAGGCAGGUACUUCCUGGGAACGCCGCAGGCCGGGAGGGAGCCCUGGUGGGGCUCUCGCGCAGCCUUGCCCCUGACCAAGGCCUCCCCGGAAAGCAGAGAAGCCUAUGAAAACAGCAUGCCUCACAUCGCUUCAGUCCACAGGAUCCAUGGGCGAGGUCAUUGGGAUGAAGAUAGUGUGGUCAGUUCUCCAGACCCUGGGUCGGCCAGUGAAUCAGGUGACCGAUAUCGUACUGAGCAGUAUCAAAGUAGCCCACAUGAACCCAGCAAAAUUGAAACUCUUAUAAGAGCCACCCAGCAAAUGAUUAAAGAAGAAGAGAACAGAUUACAGCUAAGGAAAGCCCCCUCAGACCAACUGGCUUCCAUUAAUGGGGCAGGGAAAAAACACUCCCUCUGUUUUGCAAACUACCAACAGCCCCCACCAACAGGUGAAGUCUGCCACAGCUCUGCUCUUGCCAACACUUCACCCUGUGACCACAUCCAGCAGAGAGAGGGAAAAAUGUUGAGCCCCCAUGAAAAUGACUAUGACAACAGUCCCACCACACUAUCACGGAUAAGUAGUCCCAAUUCGGAUCGCAUUUCAAAAUCCAGUUUGAUCCUAGCUAAAGACUAUCUGCAUUCGGAUAUAUCUCCUCAUCAGACAGCAGGAGACCACCCUACUGUCUCUCCAAACUGCUUUGGCUCUCACCGGCAGUAUUUUGAUAAGCAUGCUUACACAUUAACUGGAUACGCCCUGGAGCACUUAUAUGACAGCGAAACCAUUAGAAACUAUUCCUUGGGCUGUAAUGGCUCACACUUUGAUGUAACUUCCCAUCUAAGGAUGCAACCAGACCCAGCACAAGGACACAAGGGAACAUCUGUUAUAAUAACCAAUGGAAGCUGAUGUUUUGCUGAAAUAUUUUGUUCUUUAAGGAUCUUUGAAACGUAUUUAUAGUUUAAUACCCCAUUACCAGCAUUUACUAUGCCACAGAGUGUUAGAGAGGGUAACUUAAGUUACUGGGUAUUUGAUACGUGUUCCUAUAAAAUCAAAGAAAACAUAGCACUAGCAUUCAGGGUUAUACACAGAAAAUGAAGCUAAAUUGAAUACACAAAUUUCCCCUCUAAUUAUAUGGGAACCAGAAGAGAUAAAUUUUGAACAGAAAAAUAUUCAUGUAGAUCAAGUGUGCAUAUAUACCACGUGAGAGGACUGAUGAAUGACAACAUUGCAUUGUGACUAUCCAGUGAUCCUCAUACACACAAACUAUUACUUACAAACUGCGGUAUACAUUUUACAUAUGGAAAUACAGGCUAUGUAAUGUAAAUACAUAAAAAAUGGGUAAUUUUCUUGGACUCUAUCACACUAAACUUCUUUUUUUUUUUUUUUCUUUUGAGAGGGAGUCUCGCUCUGUCGCCCAGGCUGGAGCGCAGU